AUGUCUACCCCUCCAAACAACCACCACCACAUUGACAUCAACCCUUCGACAAUUUUCGAACCAGUAGUACUUCAAGAUGUUCCAUCUGAAAUCCAAGAAGACUCAGCAGAAAGUCAACAGGUACAACCCCAAGAGCAGCAGCAACAAAUGUACAAUCUCCAAUCAAUCAACUCCACCAUAGUCAUCAGGCAAUUACCCUCUCAAGGCCUCUCCUUCAAGCUUUGGCCUGCCGCCACCACUCUAGUCACCCUCCUCGACAGCAACCAAAGCUGCAUCACCAACUCUAUCUCCGUCGUCUUCAACGGCAGCGACGCAAUCCAACACCGCCGCAUCCGCAUUCUUGAACUGGGCUCAGGCACUGGUGUAGUUGGCAUUGCAGCAGCUGCCAUACUUGGUGCUAGUGUCACAGUCACAGACCUCCCUCACGUGCUGCCCAACAUGCAGUUCAACGUCGACGCCAACGCCAAAACAUUGAAACUCCACGGCGGCGCAGCCGAAGUGGCAGCGCUUUCUUGGGGUGACACUCAAAACAUGGAGGCCAUAGGAAGAGAAUUUGAUAUGAUAAUGGGGUCUGAUAUAGUGUACCAUGAUCAUCUAUAUGAGCCUCUCCUUGAGACCCUCAAAUUCUUUUUGUUGAAGAGUGAGAAAAAGAUAGUGUUUUUGAUGGCUCAUUUGAAGAGAUGGAAGAAGGAAUCUGCGUUCUUCAAGAAGGCUAAGAAGCAUUUUGAUGUUGAGAUUAUACACAAUGAUGAACCCUCCAGUGGAUCUAGAGUUGGGGUGGUUGUGUAUCAAUUUGUUGGGAAAGUUUGGUGCAAAAUUAAACCCGAAGUCGACCGUUCUUUAACACGGCCGAUUAAUGUAAGAGUUUAA